UGCGACUAAUCCAACAUGGCCGCAUGUUAGUUACAAAUUUUUCUUUAUUGUUUGCCAACGUAUGUUAAAGAUUUAGUAGUGGUGUUUGGUUUAUAACUACGCUAAAUAAUAAAACAACAUAUUUAUCUAUUAGUGGAUUGGCUGGUGUUAUUUUUGAAACGAAAAAAAAUUGUUGACCGGUGUACUCCUCCCUUCAUUCCAACGAUUCAUAAAAUUAUAAAGUUUUCGUUUUUAUUAAUAAAUCGUUAAAAUGUUACAAGAACACCAUCAUAUGAGCCAGAAUGGCAUGCAAAGAAAUACAAGAAUGGGUAUGCAGCAAAUGGGACCUCCUCCAAAUCAAAGAACUCCCAUGUUAAUGAGUAUGCCAGCUACUGGCGUUUUAGUAUCUAUACCUCCUGGACAAACGUUAAUAUCAACAGCAACUAUUCCUCAGCAGCAACCUCAACCAAAGCCCAAUGUCCCACAGGUAUAUCAUUAUGAAAAUGCUGGUCCUACAGAGGCAGAAAUGCACCGUGCCGAUCCUAAUCAAAUGCAAACAUGUCCAAACACUAAUACUGGGUCUAUGCCCAAUAGUACCAGUAUGGCAAACAUUAAAGAAAAAACCCCAAUGUGCUUGGUGAACGAGUUGGCCCGAUACAAUAAAAUUCAGCACCAGUACAGGCUGACGGGGGAACAGGGUCCCGCGCAUAAAAAGAUCUUCACUGUCGCCUUGAAGUUGGGAAACGAGGAAUACGAAGCGGAGGGCCCCAGUAUCAAGAAAGCACAACACUCGGCUGCGCGCCAGGCCCUCGAGAAGACGGAAUUCAAGCAUCCGCCGCCGAAGACGAACAGAAGUCGACAAGGAACAAGAACUGCCAACCCGGGAGUCGUUACACCCACCGUGGAACUGAACGCUCUGGCCAUGAAACGAGGCGAACGAACGGUUUAUAUUGUUGAGCCGGCUGCUCCUCCCCAUCACAACCAGGGCUAUUUGCAACAGCCGGGUUAUUAUCCGAGACACAACAUGUAUGGGGCUCAAUCUCAGCCACGUUAUGGUUUUGACUCACGCCGGACGGUGCGUGGCGGUCAUUAUCCGUACCAUGAUAACCGAUACUAUAGCCAAUAUCGUCCUGGAGGACCUCAUAACCCGGGCGAUCCAUACACGGUCCGGUUAAGAGUCGGCGAACGGGAGUAUCCUGGACAAGGAUAUACCGUUCAAGCUGCUAGACAUGAUGCGGCUGCUAAGGCCAUAGAACAUAUUAAGCAGCUUGGUGCGGCCGAGGGUCAUGAGGAUUCCAUGUCUCCUUCGGACAAUGGACAAAUGACAGGAGAGAUUCAGCAAGCCAACAACAUCAACGCUGACAUUAAUUCGGAUUUGAAGUCGCCAAUUUCACUUGUUUAUGAAAUUGCGCUGAAAAGGAAUCUGAAUGUAACGUUUGAAGUUAUGAGCGAAAAGGGUCCGCCGCACAUGAAGGUUUUCAUAACUCAAUGUCGCGUGGGUAAUUUCACCGCUGACGGCGAAGGUAACGGGAAGAAGAUCUCGAAGAAACGUGCAGCCGAGAAGAUGCUGGAGGAACUCGGAAAACUGCCGCCGUUGCCCAAUAUGACGAACAUGGCACAGUUGAAAAGAAAACGAGUGCCAAAUAAAAAGAAAACUAGAAACUUAAUCAAGGUCAACAUGGAUAAAGCGGCCGAUUUAACCGAAGAAAUCAAUCCUAUCUCACGUUUGAUUCAGAUUCAGCAGGCCAACAAGGAGAGGGAGCCGACGUACACGGUCUUAGAAGAGAGAGGUGCUCCAAGACGCAGGGAAUUCGUCAUUGAAGCAUCCGUCAAUGGACAUUCAUGUACUGGGGUUGGUCCCAAUAAGAAGGUGGCUAAACGUAAUGCCGCAGAGGCUUUGCUUGUUGAACUAGGUUACACAAACGGAUCGCCUCCAAACGGUGCAACUAAAUCGGCGACUAAAUUAGAAGAAAAGAAUGGAGAAAUAUCCGGCGUCGAUAAAAACAGAAAAGUUACUUUCGUAGAGGAAAAACAGGAAACACAGGUGACUCAAACAGUAGGCGGAAGUGGUGGUCGUCAGCUAGUGCCAGGCGUUUUACUAGUCACUGAACAAAACGCCGGAUUCCAGAAGUCGAAAGAUAAUUCAGAGAAGCCACAGUCGCAAACUGCUCCAUUAAUGUCAGCCGUUCAACCAUCCAUUCAACAACAAGGUGUCCGAUCUAAAGAUAAACUAAUGUAUUUGGCUCAGCUGAUGAAUAUCCAAGUACAGUUUUCCGACUUCCCGAAGGCUAAUCAUGAAAUGUACUUGACACUGGUGUCUCUCAGCACAAAUCCGCCACAAGUCUGCCAUGGUGAGGGUCCUACAACCGAAGCGUCACACGAAAAAGCAGCUUUAGAAGCUUUAAAAGUUUUAUCAGAAUUGGGUUUGGAUAUUGUACCAACUCAAAAUAAUAAUGGGACUUCUUCACCAUCAGGCGAGAGUACAUCUCCAGUAACUCCAGCAAAAUCUGGAGUAAAUGGCGCGAAGAAGUAAACUAUUGUGAACUCCGUGUUGGCUGUACCAGUGAACAAGAAGAAUCUGUUCAUUGAUACAGUAAAAAAUGUUUAGAGUUCCAUGUGGCCAUGUAACAAUUGCAUAACUAAUAACUAAGAAUUAUUGUUAUCCCUUUUUUAUGUGAUUUCAUUAACAUAUAGAUAAUGUUAUAUGAAAUGAUUUCAUGUAUCUAUGUAAUUCUGGUUAUUGUUUGCACUGUAUAUACUAAUCAGUGCUACCCAUUUUCGUUUUCAUGGGCAGAAAACGAAUUCGGGUUACAGUAGUUCAGAAUUGAUUUACCAAAUUUAAAUUCUAACUUGUUGUUUUUCAAUUUUAAGGGCUAGUGUGCUGUACGUUUUCUGACAUGAAAUACAUUAAUUAAUAAAUUCGUACUAAAGAUCGCAAGAAAUUAUUGUGUUUUUUUUUAAUAAUUGAGGGCUGAUGUUUCAUGCAAUAGAACAUUUUGUAAAACAAGGUUGCUGUUGUCUGAAUUAUUCUAGUCUCAUCAGCCUAAUUAGAAUUUUAAUGAUGUAUAUUGUCAGGGAAUGACCCCCAAUAGUUGUCUCCUAGAUGCAAUGCAAUUCUGACCUGCUGAUUAUUUCACCAAUUGUUUGUAGAUUGAUUUCACCAUUCCGGGGGCAUUAGAAAAUACAUUAUUUUUUCAAGUUACAAGCAUUCUCUCUUACAUAGUCAUGUUAAUUUUUCUUUCAUGUAAAAGCAUUUUUUUAAUGUAGAUAUAACUUUCAACAUUUUUAUAUAUGUGUAUGUAAGCCUCGUUUGAAUUUGAAAUCAAUAAACAUUUAUCACAUA